AUGAGUCUUAACAGAGUACGUCGUGUGGUGGGCGGUCAUCGGAUUGGGGUGAAUCUGCAGCCGCAUAUGGUGAACAUAAGACGACACGGUAACUUUCAGUGUGGUGGUUCUCUCGUCACUCCACGCUGCGUCCUCACCGCCGCCCACUGCAUGCAGGGGGAGGAGCACAAGCCCUCGGAUUAUGUGGUGCGUGGUGGAGUGUCUUUUCUAAGGGAUAUGCGCAAUGCACGCUCUGUGAAUCGGAUCCUCUUGCCCAGUCUUUAUAAUCAUACCACACUGGAUAACGAUGUGGCGCUGUUGCAGCUGCAAAAUCCGCUUCAGGGAUUACACAUUGCUUCCAUUCCCCUGGCAAUGCAAGCACCACUUCCUGGUAGCUUAUUGCGCAUUUCUGGCUGGGGAUUGACCGAUGAACGUUCUCUGCAGUUGCCCAAUCAACUGCACAGUGUUCGGGUGCAGGUGCUAUCACAGCAGAAGUGCCAGCAACUCUAUCAAGGCUAUAGGAACAUAACUGAUAGCAUGUACUGUGCCUCUGUGCCCGGCACUAAAGAUGCCUGCGACGCUGACUCUGGAGGACCAGCUGUCAAUGCCGAUGGUCAGUUGGUGGGCAUUGUCUCCUGGGGCAAGGCGAAUCUUUGUGCCCACAGGGAUAGUCCAGGAGUCUACACAAGUGUGCCAAAUCUUUACGAUUGGAUAGCAGACACUAUGGACAGAUAUUGCUACUAA